AUGGGCACCAAACGGCAGCACGAUGAGGUAGAGUCGCAAGGCGCGGCAUCUGGAAAGAGGCAAAAGUCAUAUAUCGGCCGCAAGCGACAGGCACAAGAAGACUCAGGAGCCAAGAAGCGCAUUAGGGCGAUUGAGAGAAGCCUGCGACGAAAUCGGGACAUGCCGGCCAAUGUGCGAAUCGACCUCGAACGAGAACUGGCGUCACAGAAGCAAAUCAUGCUAGACAAGGCAUACAAGAAGAAGCGCAGCACAAUGAUAUCCAAAUACCACAUGGUUCGAUUCUUUGAACGGAAGAAGGCCUCGAGACUGGUGAAGCAGUUGAAGCGACAGCUCGAACAGGAAAGCGAUGCGGACAAGGCAGAAACCAUACGGCGCAAUCUCCAUAUCGCCGAAGUGGAUGAAACGUAUACCCUUUACUUCCCCCAUCUCGAGACGUACGUCGGACUAUACAGCUCCACAGCCAAGAAGGGAGCCGAUGAAGAAGAGACCGAGGAGGGCAAGCUUGCGGCCGCAAAGGCAGCUCUAGAAGCGGAGAGACCACCAAUGUGGACAGUGAUCGAAAAAGCCUUGGCUGAUGGGCCUCCCGCAUUGGAGCAGCUACGAGACCGAAGAUCGCCAGACGAUACGGGCGAGAUUGAUACUACACAGCCACCAAUCAGG